AUGGGAUUGAUGGAAGAGGAGAAGGGAGUCGGAAAAGAUUUUACACAAGAUGGGACUACAGAUCUUAAGGGUAAACCUGUCCUAAGAUCAAAUACUGGGAGAUGGAGAGCUUGUUACUUCAUGCUAGGAUAUGAAGUGUGUGAAAGAAUGGCAUACUAUGGGAUAUCAACAAAUUUGGUGUUGUAUUUAACAAGGGAGUUGCAUGAAGGGACUGUUAAGUCAUCAAACAAUGUCACAAAUUGGGUGGGAACUGUGUGGAUGACUCCUCUUUUGGGUGCAUACAUUGCUGACACAUAUUUGGGAAGAUAUUGGACUUUCAUGAUUGCUUCAGUGAUUUAUCUUCUGGGUAUGUGCUUAUUGACUCUUGUGGUUUCACUAUCAUCCCUAAAGCCACCAUCAUGUGGGAAACAUGUGAGUUACCUAGACUGCGAUAAACGGGCUUCGUCGUUUCAAGUUGGUAUCUUCUAUUGCGCACUCUACAUUAUUGCAAUUGGGACGGGUGGAACCAAGCCCAAUAUCUCGACAAUGGGUGCAGACCAGUUCGACGAUUUUGAGCCCAAAGAAAGGGCCCAGAAGCUCACCUUCUUUAAUUGGUGGAUGUUUAGCAUAUUUUUCGGCACCCUUUUCUCAAACACAUUCCUAGUGUACAUUCAAGAUACUGUGGGUUGGGGCUUAGGGUAUGGUAUCCCUACAUUGGCUCUACUUGUGGCCAUAAUAGCCUUUAAACAAGGCACCACGUUGAUUAGAUCCAUGGGGCCUCAUUUCGAAAUCCCGCCAGCUUCUCUAUCUGUAUUUCUAACGAUCUCCAUGCUUAUUAGCAUUGCAGUUUACGAUCGUCUCUUUGUUCCAUUGGUUCGAAAAUACACAAAAAACCCAAGAGGCAUCACUUUGUUGCAACGAAUGGCAAUUGGACUAAUACUCCAUAUCGUUACCAUGAUCAUCGCUAGUUUCGUUGAAAGGCGACGACUAAACGUGGCUCGAGAUCAUGGUAUAGUAGGGGAAAAGCAAAUUGUGCCUCUAAGAAUAUUCAUUCUCCUCCCUCAAUUCGUGUUAAUGGGCAUCGCGGAUUGUUUCCUAGAAGUCGCAAAACUUGAGUUUUUCUACGAUCAAGCGCCUGAAGGAAUGAAGAGUCUUGGGACGGCUUAUUUUACAACUAGUUUGGGUGUCGGGUUUUUUCUUAGUAGUUUCAUCCUAUCAACUGUGGCUGAUGUUACCAAGAAGAAUGGAUACGGAGGUUGGAUCCGUAACAACCUCAAUAAAUCCCGCCUAGACUAUUAUUAUGCAUUUUUCGUGGUUUUGAGCUUUGCAAACUUCCUGUUCUUCCUUGUUGUCGCGAAAAACUUCGACUACAACUCUGAAGUUGAUGAGCCGGAACAAGAGUUGAAAGAAGGCAUCGGAAAGUUUACAGAACAAGGCUACGUUGCUGGAUGA